GCGUCGUCACGACCAAUAAAAAACAAGUAACCAGAGCGCACUCGCAAGUCGCCAUUUAUAUUCGGCAGCUUGCCCUUCAAACGACAUUAUUUCCGCAGUUGUUCAAGUGAUCGCCGGCUUAUUUCGCUGUUACAGUAAAACUUAUUAAUCAUGAGUAAAAUUGGAAUCAACGGUUUCGGACGUAUUGGACGUCUCGUCUUGAGAGCUUCCAUUGAACGUGGUGCAACGGUUGUUGCUGUCAAUGACCCGUUCAUCGACUUGGACUACAUGGUCUACAUGUUCAAAUAUGACUCAACCCACGGUAAAUUCAAGGGAACCGUCGAAGCCAAGGACGGAAAUUUGAUUGUAAACGGUAACAAAAUCAUGGUCUUCAACGAACGUGACCCCAAAGCCAUUCCAUGGAGCAAAGCUGGCGCUGAAUACGUCGUUGAGUCAACUGGAGUCUUUACUACCAUUGAAAAGGCUUCAGCUCACUUGGAAGGUGGUGCCAAGAAAGUUAUCAUCUCAGCUCCAUCUGCUGAUGCACCAAUGUACGUCGUUGGUGUGAACCUUGACUCUUACGAUCCAAGCCACAAAGUUGUGUCAAACGCAUCUUGCACAACCAACUGUCUUGCUCCAUUGGCCAAGGUCAUUCAUGACAACUUUGAAAUUGUUGAGGGUCUUAUGACCACUGUCCAUGCUACCACCGCUACCCAGAAGACUGUUGAUGGACCAUCUGGAAAGUUGUGGCGUGAUGGACGUGGAGCUGCCCAAAACAUCAUUCCAGCAGCAACUGGUGCUGCCAAAGCCGUCGGCAAAGUUAUUCCAGCAUUGAACGGCAAGCUUACUGGUAUGGCAUUCCGUGUCCCAGUUGCCAACGUAUCCGUCGUUGACUUGACAGUCCGUCUUGGCAAACCAGCAAGCUACGACGCAAUCAAGGCCAAGGUCAAGGAAGCCGCUGAGGGACCACUCAAGGGCAUCUUAGGAUACACCGAAGAUGAUGUUGUAUCCUCCGACUUCAUCGGUGACAACCACUCAAGUAUUUUCGAUGCCAAGGCUGGAAUCCCAUUGAGUGACGGAUUCGUCAAGCUCAUCUCUUGGUACGACAACGAGUUCGGUUACUCCAGCCGUGUCAUUGACCUCAUCAAGUUCAUGCAAUCCAAAGACCAAUAAAUUUAACAAGAUUAAAUUUAUCACGAUGAUUCCAUAUCACGGAUUGUCGUUACGCAGCAAUGAUGAGGGUACGAUUAAAUAAUAUAGCCGGCUUUUAACAUCGUUGUCUUUAAUAGUAGCAGUUCAAAUUGAAAGAAGAUAACCUGAGAGAGGCAGAUGUUUAAAAAGCUUUUCAUCAUCAUCAUCAAAUCGUUAAAUUAUAGAGUUAAUAAUGAUAAUAAUUAUAAUUAUAAUAAAAAAAAAAAAUUAUAUGAAAAGCAUUAUUUUAAAUCAUCAAGUUAAAGACAGUUUACAAUUUUAAUUAAUAAUUACAUAUUUUGUCAACUAUAUUUAUGUACAGUUGAUUUAAUAUAAAUCGAUGCAAUUCAAUAUGUAUUUCCUAUCGUCGUUGUUCAUCGAGUUUUCUUUCAAACAUCAAUAAAUAUAAAGAACAAAUUA